AUGGAGUUUUUCAGUCAAAUUGUGAACUUUACAUAUGAGUUCAGAGAUGCACCGUUGUUUAAUAUCUGGGUUGGACCAAUUCCAUUUGUUGUCCUCUUCCAUGCUGAAACAGUUGAGAAAGUUCUGAGUAACCCUGUUCACCUCGACAAGGCUUUUGCAUACAAAUUCCUCCAUCCUUGGCUUGGAACAGGCCUUUUAACCAGCACUGGGAAAAAAUGGAGACAACGAAGAAAGAUUCUGACACCGACCUUUCAUUUUUCCAUCCUGACUGACUUUCUGCAAGUAAUGAACGAACAGGCAGAAAUUCUGGUGGAAAAGCUGGAGAAGAAAGCGGGAAAAGGUUCUUUCAACUGCUUCAGUGACAUCACCCUAUGUGCACUGGAUAUUAUCUGCGAAACUGCAAUGGGAAGAAAGAUUUACGCACAGAGCGAUUCUGAAUCUGAGUAUGUUAAGUGUGUAUACAGGAUGAGUGAUAUUGUCAGCCACAGACAAAGAACACCCUGGUUUUGGCCUGACUUUAUUUACUACUUCUUUGGUGAGGGUAAGAAGCAUGACAAGACACUGAAGAUCCUCCAUUCUUUUACCUAUAAAGUAAUAAAGGAAAGGUCUGAAAACUUGUCCUACAUUGAAUCAGACAGCGACUCCGAAAAUUUCAAGAAGAAGCGACAGGCCUUUCUAGACAUGCUCUUGAAGACCACAGAUGAAGAUGGAAACAAGUUGACCCAUCAGGACAUUCAAGAGGAAGUGGACACCUUUAUGUUUGAGGGUCAUGACACCACGGCUGCCUCCAUGAACUGGGCCCUCCAUCUGAUUGGAAGCCAUCCAGAGGUGCAACGAAAAGUUCAGCAAGAGCUACAGGAAGUGUUUGAUGGUUUCAACGUCCCCAAAGGAGCAAAUGCGAUCAUCAUUACAUACACUCUUCACCGUGAUCCACGAUACUUUCCAGAACCAGAGGAAUUCCGGCCUGAGCGUUUUUUUCCUGAGAAUUCAGUUGGAAGGCCCCCGUAUGCAUAUGUCCCUUUCUCUGCUGGACUCCGCAACUGCAUAGGUCAGCGUUUUGCAUUGAUGGAAGAAAAAGUUGUUUUGGCAUCCAUUCUGCGUAACUUCAAUGUCGAGGCCUGUCAGAAACGUGAGGAAAUUCGCCCAGUGGGGGAACUCAUCCUGCGACCAGAGCAGGGCAUUUGGAUCAAACUGGAAAAGAGAGAACCACUUGCUCCAUAAAA